CGUUUUGUGCACAUGUUAUUAAAAACGACAAGGGAAUUUCUUUUCAAUUAAGGCUUUAUGCCUUGUCUGUGAUGCGCAGCAGCAUGAUGCUCACAUGCCUCCCAUCGUCCUCCUGCCAUGGGCCAAUCGCAGCCGCAGCCUGGCUGCCACCCGGAGGUGUCACUCUUCCACUUUCCUCCAAUAGAAAAGUUCAUUUGAACGGGACGCUCAAGCGGGUGGGCUGUGGGAUGAUGCGGUUCGGGUCCAGGUGUGCCGUGCGGUUAGUGCACUGAUAUUUCCCCAUUUCUGCCUCGAAGUCCCCUCCAGUUCAUGUCCUGUCCAUUGACUUCUUAAUUGUGUCCCUUGGCCUAUCAGUCUCACUCACGAGGCAGCACUAAGUUAGUUCGCCUUCAUGGGUUCCACUGCUUUACUGCUUCUGGCCCUUUCCUCUUCCAUCUCCCUCACGGUGGCUGUCCUAUUUGGUGAGCCCAGAAUUUAUGGAGAGGAUGCAACUGGAUAUGGCCCCAUCUUUGAGGAGGAGCCUUUAGAUGUGGUUUACACUGAGGACUCACCUGAUGGAAGAAUCUCCAUGAACUGCAGGGCACGAGCAAACCCACCAGCUACAUACAGGUGGCGCCGUGAUAACUGGGAAAUCAAGCUGAUGGAGCAGCCAGAUGAACACUACAGCCUUGUGGGAGGGAACCUAGUGAUCAAUAACCCCAAGCAGAAGAAACAUGCUGGGACGUACGUCUGCGUGGCCAGGAACACCUAUGGCACCGUGAUCAGCAAGGAGGCCAGGGUCAAGUUCGGAUUUUUGGAGGAGUUCCCUCAGGAGGAAAGAGAUCCAGUGUAUGUCAAAGAAGGACAGGGAGCUGUUCUGCUGUGUGCCCCUCCAAAAGCCUGGCCACAGGAGGUGACCUACCGCUGGAUCUACAAUGAGUUUCCAGUUUUCCUGCACACAGAUCGCCGUCGGUUUGUCUCUCAGAAGACCGGGAACCUGUACAUCUCCAAAGUGGAAGCUCAAGAUGCGGGAAACUACUCCUGCUUUGUUUCCAGCCCCAUCAUUGGGAAGAGCGUCUUCUCAAAGUUCAUCCCCCUCAUCCCCUUACCGCCGGAUGAUGGUGAGAGAAAGUACCCUGCAGAUAUCAGGGUGAAGUUCGCAGAUACUACUGCCCUGCUGGCCUCCAAUAUUACAUUGGAGUGCUUUGCUCUGGGAAAUCCCAUCCCUCAUAUUGUUUGGAGGAAGGUGGAUGCGACAGACCUCCCACCAAAUCAUGAGAUCAGUGAAUCAGGAGCAGUGCUUCAUUUGUACAAUGUACAGUAUGACGAUGUGGGAGCAUAUGAGUGUGAAGCCAUAAACACUAAAGGAAAGGACUGGCACAAAGCCUGGCUGUAUGUGGAGUCUGCUCCUGAGUGGGCAGAAACCAUUAACAACACACAGAUUGACACUGGCUCAGAAUACACCAUGCGCUGUGUGGCAUCAGGGAAGCCAUUCCCUUUCAUCCGCUGGUACAAAGAUGGAUAUAUGUAUGGGAAAGGGGAGUUGAAGUUUUCUAGUCUCGCUUUUGAAGACUCAGGAAUGUACCAAUGUGUUGCCGAAAACUACUGGGGCAUCAAAUACGCCAAUGCUGAGCUGCGAGUCAUUGUCUGUGCUCCUACAUUCGAGUUCAAUCCUGUGAAGAGGCAGCUUCUUGGAGCUAAAGGUGGCCGCGUUGUGAUUGAGUGUAAGCCCCGAGCUGCCCCCAAACCUCGAUUCACCUGGACAAAAGGCAAAGAGCUCCUCUUUAACAAUUCCCGCAUUUCCAUCCUGUUUGAUGGGAGUCUGGAGAUCCUCAAUGCCACCAUGAAUGAUGAGGGAGUCUAUACCUGCUUAGCUGAGAAUGACAGAGGAAAGGCCAACAGCUCUGGCUUUCUCACCAUCACAGAAGCGACCAGCAUCACAGAAGCACCUGAAGAUACUGAGGUAAAGGUUGGCGAUGAGGUGAUUCUGAGCUGUGCCGCUUCAUACGAUCCCACGCUGGACAUUACAUUCGUCUGGGCCAUAGACUUCAGGGUUAUCGACUUUGACUCUGAGUGGCAACACUACGAACGUGUAAUGAGAGAUGAUGGCAGCGGUGACCUGAGAAUAAAAAAUGCCCAGAUUUGGCACGAGGGUCGCUACACCUGCACAGCUCAGACAGUGGUGGACAAAGAUACAGCAUAUGCUGAUCUCAAGGUUGUAGGGGUUCCCGGGCCUCCUGGCGUGAUCCGGAUAGAAGAGAUCGGGGACACAUGGGUGAAGCUGUUGUGGACAAAAGGAGCGGAUCAUAACAGCCCCAUUCUCUACUACACCAUUCAGACCAGACACUACUGGGCUCUGAAUGAAGAUGACUGGAGGAAUGCCAGUACAUCUCCAGUCUUUCUUGACGGCAGUGCAGAGAGGGCAGAAGUGACAGACCUGUACGCCUGGAUGGAAUAUCAGUUCAGAAUCAUUGCCACCAAUGAGUAUGGGUCUGGAGAAGCCAGCAUCCCCUCCCUCAAGAUCAAAACCUGGGAUGCUGCUCCAGUGGUUUCUCCCACUGAUAUAGCAGGUUAUGGAGGCAGAAAUGGCGAAAUUGUCAUCACAUGGACACCUGUGCAGCCGUGGUUUUUCUAUGGCAAACAGUUCGGCUAUAUUGUAGAAUUCAUGCCUCAUGAUGCUUACGAUUGGUGGUCCGUGAGCAUUUCAGACCCCGAGACGAGGCGUUACGUUCACAAGGACACCUUCUUUGUUCCCACUGACGAAGAUUUCCAGGUCAGAGAGUUUCAGGUGAAAAUCAAGUCGUGGAACGUGAAAGGAGAUGGACCAUACAGUCUUACAAAGGUCAUAUACUAUCCAAGAGAUGUACCUACAGAUCCUCCGACAGAUGUCUAUGCCAGGCCGGUGUCCUCCACCGAGGCUCUGGUGUGGUGGUUGCCAGUGGUAGACACUGGUACAGGCCUGCAGCAGUACAUUGAGGGAUACCAGGUCAAAUACUGGAGAAAGUAUGAUGAUCCUGAGCCGGGAGCAAAUCGUAUAUUUGUUCCAGCCACAGUCAAUCAGACCAGGUUGGAGAACAUGCUGCCAGACUCUCACUACCUCAUUGAAGUCCGGGCCUUCAAUGGAGCCGGCCUUGGACCCCCGGGUGAACAUUGUGAGAUGUUCACAAAGAGACCACCACCACCAGAAGCUCCCAGGAUGUGGCGCUAUAUUUCCUGGACAGGAAAGUGGUUGUACGUGUGGUGGGAUCAUAUCCAGUACGACUGGUUUGGCAAUAUUUCCUUUCCACUGUACUACAAGGUCAUGUUCAGAAAGACAGGCUACAUCUACGGAAAAGUCUACAUCACUGGCUGGCACUUCAUGGACUUCCCCAUGCCUCAGGUUGGAGACUAUGAGCUUAUGGUACGUGGCCGUUAUGAAGGAGGAGAUGGCCCAGUCAGGAAGAUUAGGAUUCAGGGUAAAGCAUCCAUGAUCACUCCCACUCUCAGCCUGGUGUCUCUGGUGCUGCUGGCGCUGUGCAUUGUGGGAUUGGAAAUUUAAGCUUGCCACAGUGGACAUGUAUAUAAUAGACUCUGGGUGAGUGGACCUGCAAAAAGGUUCAGUCUUCUCUAGAUACUCUUCACUCUGAUAGUCAUUUUUUCAGAUCCUACAUCAUACAUCUGCCCCUGCAUCUGUUCUGCUGUAACCCCACACAGGAGGUAGUUUUUCCCAAAAGAAAAGAGUUGAGUGUUAGCUCCACCACUUUUGUAGACUUAAUUUAUCUUCUAAAUGAACAACAGAGCAGUGUUGCUGAUCCAGUCCAGCUUCAUUAUAUGCAAGUCACCCCAAAGUGAAAUUUGAAAUGAAUUAACGAUUGAGAACAAGUGAUUGUUUGUUCACAUAGUAAUGCAUUUAAUUUUUUAAUUUAACUCUUCACAUACAGUUCAGAUAGGAACAAGUGUAUUCUACAAAGUCAUUUUGUUUGUCAAGUCAAGUUGUUUUUUGUUUUUUUUUCAGUGGUGGCUGAACAUUUUUUUUUUCAUUCUGCAAUUUCUGUUCAUCUUGUGUGAUCCAAUCACUUUUUCCUGUGUGGACAAACAGUAACAGGUAGAAUUUAUCCCACAAAACAGGGUGAUGUUAUUUACAAUAAGCACUAUAAAUUUCUCAGAAUGUCAGGUAAUCAAUAUUAUGUAAACAACAGAAUAAAAAUCACUAUGUGGUUUGGAAUGAGCAGAGAACGACAGGUGACUGAAUUUUAUGAAUAUACACAUUUACAAUAUAUGCCACACAGUAUAUCUCACAUUUUAAACAUGCUUAAUUUUCACAGUUUUUUUUCACUUUUUUUUUAUCUUAUUAAACUUUUUGAUUAAUUUUCUACACUUUCAAUGGUGCUGUCUGAUAGUUACAGUCGAUACUUACUGUUUAUUUAAAUGUGCUUAGACACAUUUUAAGUAUCAGUUUUAGUUCCAACAUUGUAAGCUACAUCACUUUAAUGACAACUUUCUUUGAGAUCGGUGAUGAUGUUUGCAAGUGAAAUUGUAUUUGAAUGAGUUUAGAGCUUUGGCAGAAAUUGAUGUGUAUCACUUAUGUAUACUUCUUUUAUGUCAGACUGCUCAAUCAUUAAACA